CUUUACCUUUUGCUAAAUACAUUUUUAGGAAGACGACGCCGAACUGCAAAUCAGAAGACUGGCACACCUCUUAAGAGACUAUGAAUGUGCUGUCAAACCCAGUGAUCAGGGCCCAGGAGCAGUCUCUAGCUCUCUGUGGACCCGGGUCUGUCCAGGAUUUACCCCACUGCCCUCCAGGGUUCAACCUGAGCUCUCGCCUAAAUCCUCCACCCAUGCUUGGCCUCCAGAGUGGCCAAAGAUCCACCAAACCUCAGAGGGAGCUGAGCCCUGAGGAACAGCAGGAGCUCAGGAGGAAGAUCAAUAGCAGGGAGAGGAAGCGGAUGCAGGACUUGAACAUUGCCAUGGAUGCCCUCAGGGAGGUCAUGGUGCCUUACGCUUCCUCGCCAUCUUCUGCUUCCUCCUCUCAGUCUCACCAGCCUGGAGCUCCACCAGGUCGCCGGCUCUCAAAGAUCUCCACCCUGGUUCUGGCCAGGAACUACAUCCUCCUGCUGGGUUCAUCUCUGCAGGAGAUGCGGCGGCUGUUGGGGGAGGUAAGCGUGGGCAUGGGGGUGAACACAGGACCGGUCCCCCGGCUACUGCUCACUGGGGGGUGGCCCCUCAUCUCUGGCCCCAGUCAGCUCCUCCUCACCCAGGAGUCCCUCCUCAACUCAGCAGCAUCCUCCUCCUCUUCCUCCACUUCAUCGUCCUCUGCUGCUAAAUGUCCGCUGUUGUCGCCGGGCCCCAUGGAGGCCUCGCUGGCCCCUGUGCAGUGGAGCUCUGCAGGGGCCUCAGGUGGGCCCCUGUGCCCCUGUGGAGUCUGCAGACUGCCCAGAUUUAGCCACUCCACACCGGCUCCAAGAUUCCCAAAGUGACACCUUAAAGUUGAAGAGGAUUUCCCAAGAACGGACUUGAUGACUGUUACAUGUAUGCAACAUGGUUUUUAUAUGAAUUGCUAUUUAACAUUUUUAACAUGUUUAUAAUAAUUUACUGCAAUUACUCACGAUUAUUCUUUGAUCUUCUUAAACACAAUGGAUCUAUGCUGUAGUUGGUAAUGAAGUAAAU